AUGCAGCUUUUUCUUGGGAUCAUCUUUUCUCUAGGGAUUCAAGUUUCUGGAAUAGCCAGCUGGAAACUGCGAUAUGACGGGGAUCAAGUUUUAAAAAUUGUGCCAAAAACACUGCAGCAGGUCCAGCAUCUUCAGCAUCUUUGCAACACCUUGCCGCUGGAUCUGUGGAAGCCCUUGUUGCCUGAAGACAUCUGGACUGGAGAAGACCUGCACGUGAGGGUCCCAGCCCCUCUGGUGCAGGAGGUGAAAGACAGCUUAGAUGAGCAUCUCAUCUCCUACGACAUCCUGAAACAGGACGUGCAGGCACUAGUGGAUCAGAGCACGCCCAGGCUGGGGGGCAGCCCCAGGCAGGGGCCAGCAGGCUACAACUACACUCRGUACCAUCCCAUGGAAGAGAUUUAUCAGUGGAUGACUCAAGUAAAGGACAGUAACAGUGAGCUGGUGACUCAGCACGACCUGGGAAAGACAAGCGAGAAUCGAACUAUAUAUUAUCUGCAGAUCAGUCAACCAUCAAAUAAAAACAAAAAGAUCAUUUGGAUGGACUGUGGGAUUCAUGCCAGAGAAUGGAUCUCUCCAGCCUUCUGCCAGUGGUUUGUGAAAGAAAUCCUACAAAAUUACAAAUCUGACCCAAAGAUAAGCAGAUUUCUUCAGAAUUUGGACUUGUACAUCUUGCCGGUCCUCAAUGUUGACGGUUACAUCUACUCCUGGGAAAAAGAACGCUUGUGGAGGAAAAACCGUUCUCCUCACAUGAAUGGCACCUGCUAUGGAACAGAUCUGAACCGGAACUUCAAUUCCUCCUGGGGCAGUAUUGGCGUUUCUUAUAACUGCACCAGUGAUAUCUUUUGUGGCUCUGGACCAGAAUCAGAGCCAGAAACAAGGGCUGUGGCCCGGUUCAUCGAAAGGAAGAAGGAGGACAUCGUGUGCUAUUUAACUAUUCACUCCUAUGGACAGUACAUCCUCACUCCAUACGGCUCCACGACCAAACCUCCAAGCAACAACGAAGAACUGAUGSAAGUUGCAGAGAAAGCAGCUGCUGCCCUGAACGGAAAGUAUGGGACCAGUUAUCAAGUAGGAUCAACCUCUUCAAUUUUAUACAACAACUCGGGCUCCUCACGGGACUGGGCUCACAUGAUCGGCAUCCCCUUCUCCUACACGUUCGAGCUGCGGGACAAAGGAACCUACGGGUUUGUUCUGCCCGAGGAGCAGAUCGAGCCCACGUGCGAGGAGACGAUGCUGGCGGUGACAACCAUCAUAGAUGCCAUGGAGCAGAAGUACUUCCCAAAUGCAGGGCUGACACUGACCUCCAGCAGCCUGGCCCUGAGCCUCUGCCUGGGCGCUCUGGUUACAGGGGCUGUUUUAUAA